UGUAAAAACGUCAAUCCAAGCUCUUGGCCUCUCGCAUUCUUCCGUCUCUCUAGCGAAGAGGAACGGGCUCAAGCCUCAAGGUACGGUACCAAGAUGAGAAAGCCUUCAAAGGGACGCAAGGAGAGGGAUGUGAUUUACCACCGGAAUGAUCACUCAGAUGACCGUGGGAAGCAUUUCUUCAAGAUUUUGAUUGGUGAAUUCCAUGAAAGAUUGGUCAUACCGGUUAAGUUUGCUAAAAAUUUCAGAGGAAAAAUAGAAAGAAGUAUUACGCUUGAAUCACUUGGUGGCUGUACUUUUGAUGUUCAAGUCGCACAGAAUUUGGGCAGAAUCGUGUUUCAAUCUGGGUGGGAGUCGUUUGUUAGUGCCCAUGACUUGAAAAUGUGUGACUUGUUGGUAUUCAAGUAUGAUGGGAUGUCUCGGAUGAAGGUCCUGGUAUUUGAUCCUAGUGGUUGCGAGAAAGUACCGCCUUUUUUUGUCACGAAAAAUGCUAUGAGUGGAGGACGGAAGAGAGAAGGGCCCCUUGACAUUUCAAGCAGCGAUGCUAAUCUUCCCAUGAAAACACCAGAGACUAAAAAGAAAGCUUGGAAGCAAAGGGACAGGAGUAGGAUCAGUAUUAGGUCAUCUAGAUCCCUAUCCAGCUCAUCAGGAGGAAUGACAGCUUCAGAGGACGAUGAAGCACAUUCUGUUCCAAGUUACGUACUCCCACGUCACACCAGCCUUGAUACUAUGCAAAAGAGGAAGGUGAAAGAGAGACUCCAAGCUAUUUGUUCUGAAAUCCCCAUCUAUGUGUUAGUCGUGAAGAACACAAACAUUUCUGGAAGAUCUCGAGCUAUGGUCUUCUCCAGAAAAUAUCCUGAUGUGUGUCUUCCAUCCAAGAGCGGUGCGUUGAUUCUUCAGUGUCAUGGCAAGAGCUGGCAAGUGAUGUAUUGCAUUGAGGUUUGGAAAGAUCGAGGCGAAUCCAAAAGGCUUCGCAACGGGUGGGCACAGUUUGCUCGUGACAACUAUUUGCAGCUGGGAGAUAUCUGCCUCUUUGAGCCACUGAAGACCAAGAAGUGCACCAUGAAUGUGCACAUCAUCCGCAAAAAAGAGUGAGAUCUGGGAAAUGUUAUGUAAUUCUGGGUUUGAUGAGAGUUGCUAAUGGUCAUGUCAGCCGUUAUUGGCGCCAACUUUUGUAGCACUGAUAUUAACGCUUUUAUGCUUGGGAGGCUCCAACUUAAUCCUUCCAUCUCCUAAUAUAAUUGUCAUUCUCACA